AUGUCGAUAGCUCCCAUCAUCACCUUCAAAGCAGGUAUCUGCGACUUCGAUAGCUCCUCCUCCCCCGCCAACGUGAAGCCCAAGCCGACUCCAGGCUACAUCUAUCUCUACUCGGAAGAUGAGCUGAUGCACUUCUGCUGGCGCCCUCGCAGCGCCUCCCUCGAUGAGCCCGAACUUGAUCUGGUCAUGAUCCCCUCAGAUGGAAGUUUUACCCCUUACAAACCUGCCGGAAAGGAUGCUACGAAUGGGCGAGUAUUUGUGUUGAAGUUCUCCUCCAGCUCCCAGCGGUAUCUCUUCUGGUUGCAGUCUCGGUCCCAACACGAGAGUGGUGACCCGAGCUGGUUCAGCCCUCGGGACCUAAAGCUGGGUGAGAUUGUGAAUGUCCUGCUGCAGGGCGAGGAUGUGGAUGUGGAGCACGAGAUCGCCAACCUUCCCCGACGACCCUCUGGCGGCGACGACGACGAGACCAUGGAAGACGUGGAAGGAGCAGACCAUGACCCGACCCACAACCACGGCGGAAGCAGUGGUGGAGCUGGUCCGGAUGCGACAGGAGGUGAUGUCCGCGAGGAGGGACAGGAAUCGCGAGAAGGCGGUGCCGAUGGUGGACGAGCUGCUUCUUCAGGUGACCCAUCAUCGGUAGUUCAAGACUUUUUGCGGUCCCUGGGCGGUGGCCAGCAAAGCCAAGGCCAAUCCCAGGACCCCGAACGACCAUCUACGACCCUCCAAGACUUGCUUACGCCCCCAACUUCUUUGCCCUUCAUUGAGACCGCCGACGAUACUACCGUUGAUCACCUUCUGAGCUUCCUCCCAUCCGCACUACUUCUGCUAGCCCAGGGCAAUGCUGAGGCAGCAGAAGCUGAGACCGAUCCCGAACUCGCCCAGGCGGCUCUUCUCUCUCUUGACCUCUCCCAAAAGAAAGAUAUUCUUCGCCGUGUGCUCCGAUCCCCCCAAUUCAUGCAAAGUUUGGCUAGUCUCACCGUGGCCCUCCGAGACGGCGGGCUUCCCAGUAUUAGCGAAGCCCUGCAGAUUCCCGUAGCUAAUGGCGGAUUUAUGCGGCGUGGCGGGGUGCCUCUUGGUGGGGGCGACGCUGUGGAAGCGUUCCUGGACGGCGUUCGGCAACAUGUUAAGAAAGACCAGUCGGGUCAAAUGGAAACGGAUUGA